AUGAUCUUGACCACUACGUUCGUGUGCUUCUGCCUGGCCUGCUUUAAUUAUUUCAGGACGCGGCGGCAACGCUUGCGGAUCACGAAUCUCAAAGGACCCUUCACCUGCCCGCUCUUGGGAUCCAUGCACAAGUUUAUUUUUCUUAAACCAAAAAGUUUCUUUAAGCGCAGUGCUGAAUAUCUCACGAAAUAUGGUUCCCUGAGUCGUUGCUGGGCCUUCCAUAGGUUAUUCAUUCCCCUGGCGGAUCUGGAGCUCGCCAGGCAGCUCCUGGAGAGCGAGAAGCAUUUGGAGACGGGUUAUGAGCUAAUGAAAGACUGGUUAGGUGGCGGCAUAUUAAUGUGCCAGCAGGAUAAGUGGCAGCCAAGACAUGGUCUUAUCAGCAGACUCUUUCGGAAGGAGAACAUGGAUCCGCUGACGGAGCUAUGUCGCCAGCAGGCGGAGCAAAUGCAGCAAAAGCUAAUGGAACAGGCGGAUGGCAGUGUAUUUAACGCCUGGGAGAUUGUCUCUCCCUCGAUCUUAAAUCUCAUAGUGCAAACCACCUGUGGCGUGAGUCCCAGUGAGGAUUAUGCCAAGAACCUUUUCAGAUUGACAGAACUCUACAGAAAACGCUUUUUGAGCCUGCAGUCUGCUAACCGAUUUAGCUAUUGGCUAAGCUCUCUUAUGCGAAGGCGUCAGAAUAAACUCAUUAAAAGACUGAACGCGGAACACAAGGAUAUAAUCAAUAGAUAUCGGCAGGAGCAGAUGCCAAAGGUGAAGACCAGUGAGGGUUUGGUGAUAGAUCACUCAAAGCCUCUUCCACCCAAGUGGCAUGAUUCCCUCCUACAGAUACUCCUUGAAAACCAAGAUCAGGAUCUGACAGAUGAUGAAAUCUGUGCAGAGUUAAAUACCUGCAAUUAUUUAGGCUAUUUACUAAGCAGUUCAGCUCUGAGCUUUGCUCUGGUUUCCAUUGCCAGGAAUCCUUCGGUUCAAGAAAGAUGCUUACAAGAGCUUAGACAGGCCCAGAAAAAGGAUCAAAAUUGGAACCUGGAAAAGCUACCAUAUCUCGAUUCUGUGGUUCAGGAAACACUGCGACUUUAUCCGCCGCAAGUGAUUGUUGGAAGGCAAUUGAAGAACGACUUUUCCUACACACACAGUGUUGUGGGCGAUGCAGAGCUACCCUUUGGCGCUGAGAUCUACAUUAAUCUGUAUGAACUGCAACGCAAUGAGAGUCGCUAUACGAAACCGAAUCACUUUCAAGGCGAUCGGUUUCUGGACAAUCCCCCGGAGCUUCUUAGCUUUGGCCUGGGUCCUCGCAGCUGUCCUGCCAGGAUGUUUAGCAUAAAGCUAAUGAAAACUCUAUUGGUCCCUAUUCUUAGCCGAUUUGAACUUUUACCCUAUGGAAAUGAGCUCCGCUUGGACUUGCGACUUGUCCUGGGGUCAUCCAAUGGGUUUCAGUUGGCUUUGAAACCGCGUUAA